AUGGCUGGUGCGGAGGGAGGGAUGGAUCUGGAAAGCGAGGAGCUGCUGUCCAGCGUAGGCCCGACCCCGAAGCCACGAUCAGCCCUGCGACGUGGAAUCGCCGGCACGGCUGCAGCGCUGACGCUGCUCGCCGUGGCCUCCUGGCGCUUUUCUCCCCGGGUCGAAAAGAGAAGCAGCGGACUUGGAGGCCUGCUCCAAGAGUUCCAGCUGCUGGAUGCUUGGCAGAUGCUGUCAGGUGGCAACCCCGUCAAGUACAUCUGUCCGAUGACGGUGUUCCAGCGUAUGGCAGCAGUCGCACUCGUAGGGCAGGCCGCAGAGGGUGACUGCUGUACAACCUACGACUCGGUACCCAUGAACCUUGGAAGCAAGACCAAAGUUGAGUAUACUUUCGGCUACAAGACGAAGUUCUUUGACUCGGUGAGCUUUGACUUGGCUCGUGUGGUGUUGCUGCGUGCUGGCAUGCCGGCGAGCAUGCUCAACCUGCUGUCUUCCUUCUACGUUGGGCAGCGGUUGUCCGGCUUCUCCUGUCAUUGCUGCGACUUCUGGCAGCAGUUUGUUGCCACGCCUCGUGUCCGCACCUUGGCCUACCAAGAUGAUCGGACGAUGCUCUUGGCGCCUUCGUCCGAGCCGCUCUGCACUGAUCCUUUGCUCCAGGCUUCUGCCAAAAGCCGUGUCUUCGACGACGGUUUUGGGUUCACCUGUGACACAUCCAAGAGCAUGGUUGUGGGUUACAGGGACUGUGAGAGUCUUGCCUCUGCUCUGGGCUUCCCGAGGUCUGAGACUCUGGCUCUUCUUGGUGUUGACCACCCGCUUGACGCGUCUCUGCCCAAGACCUUGUCGCGCCUGUGCGUCGCUAAGCUCAAGGCUCGGAUGCGCUACAUCCCUGCCUUUGCUGCGCACACCUCGCGUGUGUGCUUGCUCCUGCGUGCCUUGUGCUUUUCCCAGAAUCUCACUCACGAGAGCCCGGCGGUUCUCUACCACGAGGUCUGCGGUUGGCUGACGCACGUGCAGUUCUGCUGUGAUUGGGCCACCUUGUCCGCUGGUCUGCGCAUGCACGCCUCCAGGAGUGCGUGGUUGGAUUUGCUACCCUUGCCUGAGGCUCUGACCCCUUGGUACAGAGUCCUUCCCACGGUUCUGCCUCUCCUGCGUCGGCUCCAGUGGUCGGUCUCGGCGCGCGGCAACGCUUUGUCUUGGACUGACAACUGUGGCAAGUUGCGUACUUUUAGGCUGGGUUUUGACGGACCUGAGAUCCUUAAGGAAUGGCUUCUCCUGCCCUUGCGUCGGGCCUCCCUUGCGCGCUGUGGCCGCACUUCGCGUUCCCUGCACAGGUCAGCUCCGGGCUUGGCGACUGGUCUGGCUCUUCCUGGCCCUCCGCCUGGGUCCUUCCUUCGUGCCGAAGGUCACUGCUCAGUUCGGGCUUCUGCUGAGACACCGGCUCUUCGUCGUGCUUGUCUCGCCAGUGGCGGUUCCUUUUGGCACCUAGAGCCUCGCUACCCUAGGCCCCAACAGCUUUGCCUCUGUGGCCUCCGCACUCCGUCGAGGGCUCACUUGACUUGGUGCUGCCCCCAGACUUCGGACUUGAGACGCGAGAUUGUGGCACCGCAGCACCGUGCCGCUGAGCGCUUGUUCGCGUUUCCUGGCGAGGAGGUGCCUCCUCCCCCGCCCUGCUUUGACUCUCUCGAGCACGUCCAGGAACUUGCUGAGAAGCUUUCUUUUGAGGAUGAAACCCUGGUGAUUGCCACAGACGGCUCCAACCACGGCGGCACGCAUGGGCUCGGCGCAUGCAGUGUUGUCUUUCCGUUGUUGCAGAAGCGCUUCGCGUUGUCUCUGCCAGGGGAGGACCAAUGCUCGUACAAGGCGGAGUUGCAUGCAUUGUGGGCCGCCUUGAGCCUUGCUCUCAGCGCGCGGCGGCCUGCAUUGCGGCACAUUCAUCUGGUGUGCGACUGCGAGUCGGCCAUCAACGCUGUCCUGAGUGAUGGUUUUGAUCUUGCUUUGCAGGGUUUGGUUUGCAGCAUACGUGCUUUGCGUGCGCAGCUCUUAAAUCAUGGUGUGGCGACUUCCCUGCACUGGGUGUCGAGUCACCGGAAGCGCCCUGUGAGAUGGAUUCGCUGGACAGGCGAGGACCCCACGGUCCAGCAAACCUGGAACGAGAUGGCGGAUGACUGUGCGGCCAACGCAUGCGCCCGCUUGCGCAGGACUGCUUUGCGUGCCUCUUGGCUUACACGUCGUGCUGCAGCCAAGGCUUGGGAGAUGGGUGCCAUUCGUGCGGCUGCUGAGGCAGCUGAGCGGUUGGCCAUGUAG